AGUCAUUCAGUUUUCGCCAUCCUCCUCCUUCCCCCAGUCUCUCCUCCCCCAUUUCUCUUUGUUGCAGGGUGUGAGUGUUUGGUGUAGCUGCAGUGAAGGAGCUGCUCUCAGCAUCCUGUAUCCCUCCAUCACCAAAACAGACAGGCAGCACCAUGAAAGGGGAUACUCCUGUGAACAGCACACUAAGUGUUGGACAGGCCAGAAAACUUGUGGAGCAGCUGAAGAUUGAAGCCUCUAUGUGUCGCAUUAAGGUCUCAAAAGCAGCAUCAGACCUCAUGACUUUCUGUGAUGCUCAUGCGUGUGAGGAUCCACUCAUCACUCCAGUUGCCACAUCUGAAAACCCGUUCAGGGAGAAGAAAUUCUUCUGUGCCCUCCUCUGACAUCUUUCAUAAAGGAAAGCUUCACCGACCCCUAUCCGACAUGCCCAGUCAGACCACUGUUUACCCUUCCUGUCUCUUAAUGGCACAUCCCUGCAUCAUCUCUCACUUGUCUUCACCAUGAGUGGUUUUAAUGCUGCCCCACUUCUAUCUCAGCAUGGAGAAUUACUGACAAUAUGUCUGUUUCCCAAUACAAGACGGACUUGAAAAUCUCUUUCCUUUCUGCGGAUGGUAGAUUGCGGGGGGGGGGGGGGGGGGCAUAUA